AUGUCGCCGUAUGGAAAGCAUCAGAGUAUCUCUGAAAGGAGAGGCAGUGUCCUCGGGGAAGAGUUGUCGCUCAACACACAUAGCGCCAAACUGGCGCAACAACAUCGCCCACAACCACCAUUAACACCAUUAGGCAUGAACCCUUCUGCCGACUUCAAUCAACAACUCUCAGCAGGUUCACCGCCACCACCGCCGACCCCAGCAGCAUCUCCCGGUCCAUCACAGACUCAGCCGGACUGGAGUAACGCGGAAGAGGAUGAAAGCAUAGUGUUGUCCUUAAUGCGGGAGAAUUUUCUCAAGGCCACCACCCCGGAGAAAAAGCGAAUACUCGAGGACAUUGUGAACAUGUGCAAUAGCCAACAGCUCAGCUUUAUUCUCCAGCUGGUCAGCCCGCGCUUGAAGAAGGACCCCAUGAUGAGCCUGCCCGAUGAGUUGUGUUUACGAGUUCUGUCGUUUAUCGACGACCCCAAAGACCUGGCAAGAGCUUCUCAAGUGUCUCGCAGGUGGCGGGACCUGGUGAGCGAUGACAUGACAUGGAAGAACCUCUGUCUGAAGCACGACUAUCAGCGUAGGCUAUCUGAGGUACAGACUUCGAUGCAGUAUUCCAACUUCCUACGGCCAGACCCUACGAGCAGCUUUUACCAGCCCUAUAGCGCUCCCGCGGCCUCAGUCACUUUUGACGACGCAUCGAGCCUGAGGAGGCCCAGGUCAUACAAGUCGCACUUCAAACAGCGAUACCUUGUGGACGCCGCCUGGCGGACAGGGGGACGCAACAUUACGAAAAACAUCACCCAGGAAGGCGGUGUAGUCACUAGCCUCCAUCUUACCAAGAAGUACAUCAUUGUAGCUCUCGACAACACCAAGAUACACGUGUUCGACACGGAAGGAAACGAACUACGAACACUCAGGGGCCACAUGAUGGGCGUCUGGGCUAUGGUUCCUUGGGACGACGUUCUGGUCAGUGGUGGCUGUGAUAGAGAUGUUCGUGUGUGGGAUCUGACGACGGGUGUCUGUAUGCAUACACUCCGUGGACAUACCUCCACCGUCAGAUGCCUCAAGAUGUCGGAUGCAAACACUGCUAUUUCCGGAUCUAGGGAUACGACCCUCCGAGUCUGGGAUAUCAAGAACGGAGUGUGCCGAAACGUGCUUGUCGGUCACCAGGCUAGUGUGAGGUGUUUGGAGAUCCAUGGCGACAUUGUUGUCUCGGGGAGUUACGACACAACCGCUAAGGUUUGGAGUAUCUCGGAGGGCCGCUGCCUACAUACACUUUCAGGUCACUACAGCCAAAUUUACGCAAUCGCCUUUGAUGGCUACCGUGUGGCAACCGGAAGUUUGGAUACCAGCGUGAGGAUCUGGAACGCCGCUACUGGUGAGUGUCAAGCGGUUUUACAAGGUCACACGUCUUUGGUCGGACAACUACAAAUGCGUGGUGGCACCCUCGUCACCGGUGGUAGUGACGGCUCAGUCAGAGUCUGGUCGCUGGAAAGGUUCUGCCCUAUCCAUCGCCUUGCGGCUCACGAUAACAGUGUUACAAGCUUGCAGUUUGACGACACGCGGAUUGUCAGUGGUGGCAGUGAUGGACGGGUUAAGGUCUGGGAUCUCAAGACUGGCCAGCUUGUCCGCGAGCUUAUCUCUCAGGGAGAGGCUGUUUGGCGCGUUGCCUUUGAGGCCGAGAAGUGCGUUGCGAUGGCACUGAGGAACAGCAGGACGGUUAUGGAGGUUUGGUCCUUCUCUCCACCCGAAGAUGUUCUCCUCGACCGACACGAGCGACAACCAUUUAUGCUUACGCCACGACCGACCAUUGAGGCCCCCGUUCCCGAAAGGCCGUCAAGUGCGAUGGACGAUAGCCUGAUAGGAACUGGAAUGCAGGACGUGGAUAUGCCCGAUGCCGGCCCUGCCACAGCUCCUCUUCGACCAAAUGCAUCAUUCUUUCAAGCAUCGAGGGGGGCCUAG